CUACACUGCAACACACACCCCCCCCCCUUCGGGCAAAACCGUCGAGCACCUUGCCUGCUUAAGCCCCCGCGCCUCAAUCCCCGACCCCCCGUCGCUCGCUGCGCCCCAGCGAGAUGGUCUCCAUGGCGGCCGCGGCGGCGGCCGCGGGCGUGCUGCUGCCGUUCCCGUUCUACUACGCGCUGUGGACCCACCCGCAGCGGUGGGCGGACCUGUGCGGCCGCGGCGCCGACCCGUGCCGCCGCAUGGCGCAGGUCUCCCACGCCCUCAAGGCGCUGCAGCUCCUGGCCCUCGCCUCCGUGGCCUCCUUCUCCUGGCCCCCGCCGCUCUACUGCCCCGUCCUCCUCACCGUCGGCCAGUACCUCAACUUCAAGGUGUACCAGCUGCUUGGUGAGUCUGGCACCUACUACGGCGUUCGAUUCGGGAAGAAGAUCCCGUGGGUCACAGAGUUUCCCUUUGGCUACAUCAAGGACCCCCAGUAUGUCGGGAGCAUGCUCAGCCUCGUCGCACUCCUGUGCUGGGUCCCGCUCCAGUACGUGCUGCUGUGGUGUCUUGGUUACGUUUUCAUGAUGUGGGUCGAGCAAAAGGAAGACCCUGCCACCCGUGCGAAGCCGCUCUCCUGAUCGCUUGGCUGUCGCAGCUGAUAGUUCCCUACAGGGCGCCCCAGUGAGGCACUGAGGCAGUGACAGUGCCUGAAUCUUCGUUUACAAAGUCUGGUGUAUGGUUUCUGUUGAAGCGAUGUGCAGUCACUUUCUAUACCUUGUAUCAAAAUUACUGUGGCACCCUGAUCUGUUCUUGAGUGAUUCAUGUCAAGGAAUAUGGUUACAGACU